AUUUAGCUUGUUGUUCCUCCACUGCGGUUUGGGAUUUAAGGAAUGGGAAGUAUAGAAUUCCUGGACAGGAUGUGGAGGAGUACAGCACAGCCCCUUACGUCGCGUUGCUGGAUUGGUUUUUGAGGAAAGACAACUCCGCACUAUUUAUCCCGCAUCUGGAGGAGAUCGUGGAAGAAACGCGUAAAUUGUAACCUCGCUCAUCCAGUGGACCCAAAUCGACUUUAUCUGUUACUGGGUCAGGAGACGAUGCCACGCUUUCGGACUCACCUUCUGGUGCUGCUGGCAGCGAUAUGUGUGGCAGAACCCUUUACCACCCCCAAUGGCAGCGACAACGAGGUCCUGAAACACACAGAGGCGUCACUCACCAAGAGCCAGAACCUAGAGAUUGAGAACGCCAUUGGGAACUUUAGCAGAACCGAGCAGGGGGGUGGACCCGCCGCAACCCCGGCAGCCUCGUUCAACACCACAUCUACCCCAGCCCCAGCUCCUACCCCCACCCCUCAGUGCCCAGGUAAUCAGGUAGUGUUGGUGGGCAGCGAGGGCUGUGGAUGCCCUGUUGGCAUGGUGAAUGUUUCAGGAGAGAACUGCACCUGCCCUGUGGGUUACACUCUGCAGCGAGCAGCAGGGUGCCUUGAUGUAGAUGAGUGUAAAGGGGAGGGGCCAGGGCCAUGCAGUCUCCAUGCCGACUGCACAAACACACCCGGCUCAUACCUGUGCAAAUGUGUUCGUGGUUACCUGAUGGGUGCAGGAGGAUGCCAAGAUAUUGAUGAGUGUGCUCUAGCUGAAGUGACCGGGCUGCAGGCGUGUGGGUCUGGGGCAGACUGCAGGAACACCCUUGGAUCCUUCUCAUGUUUCUGUCCAGUUGGAUACGUUAUGGCUCUUGACGGACACAGUUGUGUGGACGUUGAUGAGUGCAGCUUUGAGGAGCAGUGUCACAGGGAGCUGGGGAACGUGUGUGUGAACAACCCUGGUAGCUUCGUGUGUCAGUGUCAGCCUGGCUUCAGAGCAGAGGUCCCAGCCUGCAUCGAUGUGGAUGAGUGUAAGGAAACUCCAGAUGUGUGUGCUGGUCAGGGUGUGUGUGAGAACACUUUUGGGAGUUAUAAGUGUGUCUGCCAAAGAGGUUACCGGGGCAAUGGCACAUACUGUGAAGAUGAGAAUGAGUGUGCAUCAGGGCGUCACGGUUGUGAUACUAAUGCUCGCUGUGGGAACAUCAUUGGCUCCUACUUCUGCCAGUGUUACCAGGGCUUCAAUGGUGAUGGCAUCUCUUGCUUCGAUGUUGAUGAGUGUGCCCUGAGCAAUGGUCACUGUGAGCACAACUGCACCAAUGAGCCAGGAGGCUACAGCUGCCACUGUGGCAUAGGCUACCAGCUAGCCCAGGAUGGACACAACUGCUCAGACGUUGAUGAGUGUGUGGUGCAGAACGGGACGUGUGAGCAGGUGUGCACCAACACGCAGGGCUCCUUCCUGUGUUCCUGCCGACCUGGCUACCAGCUUCACAUCGACCGCCACAGCUGUGUAGAUAUCGACGAGUGUAAGCUCCAGAACGGGGGCUGCUCCCACACCUGCACCAACACACUGGGGGGCACACGUGUUCCUGUCCCGCCCCUCUACUGCUGCACGCGGACAUACCAGCUGUGUCAAUGUGACCUCGUGCGACUUUAGGAGAGGCGGCUGUGACCACGCGUGUACUGUGCGCGCCGAGGGGCUUCUCUACUGUAGCUGCAGUGCAGGAUGGCAACUGGGCAAGGACCUGAGGAGUUGCCUGG